GACGUAACCCGGAAGCGUGCACGUGCUAGCGGCCCGCGUACGUCAUGGCUGCUAGACGUCUUCUCGGGGCCACCCGGAUGUGGGCCGGCUGGCGGCACCGGAGGCUUCUAGACCCCACCGGUUCUGGAGCACUCUUCGUCCGUGACUACGCCAAGAAACCGGUCUUGAAGGGCGGUGGGAAAGGCAGCAAAGGCAGCAUGGUGGGCGAGGCACUGAAGGACCCCGAAGUGUGCACGGACCCUGUCCAGCUCACCACACACGCCAUGGGAGUGAACAUCUUCAAAGAUGGCCAGGAUGUGGCCCUGAAGGCCGACCAUGAGUACCCUGACUGGCUGUUCCAGAUGAAUGUGGGGCCUCCCAAGAAACUGGAGGAACUAGACCCCGGAUCGCGAGAAUAUUGGCGGCUGCUGCGCAAACAGAACAUCUGGCGCCACAACCGGCUGAGCAAGAGCCAGAGGCUGUAGAGAGGACCUGGCGUCCCUGGAGGAAGCUGCUGGAGAGGGCCAGGACCCAUGGCCCAUAGAGACCUGUGCUGGGCCUGAGAGAGGGCUCAGUGAGUAAAGGAGCUUGUCGCCAAGCCUGAGGACCAUGUGGUAGGACAGAACCGACUCCUACAGGUUGUCCUCUGACCUCCAGAUAUGUGUGGCGGUGUGCACACACACAAUAAAUAAGCAAAUGUAAAAAUUUAAA